AUGUCUUCCACAAAAAUCAAACCUAUGUUUAAGUUUCUUCCCCAAGGUGCACUCAUCCAAGACUUCGAAGUUGCAGGCUGCAACAUUGUUCUUGGGUUUCCCGAGGCAGCGCUAUACCAGACUCCAAGUAGUUCUUAUUUCGGUGAGACCAUCGGACGAACAAAUAACAGGAUAGCGAAUGCCAGUAUCGCUGAUGUGAAUGGCAAGACCUAUCAGCUUGCAAGAAACGAUGGGCAUCAUUCCCUGCAUGGUGGUUCAGAGGGAUGGGGAAAGAAACAUUUCAAAGGGCCAUUGUUUGUCACGAGGCACGGUCACGAGAGCAUCCACUUCUCUUUAGUAAGUCCGAAUGGCGACGAAGGAUACCCAGGCACCGUAGAAUGUCGAGUGUGGUACACGUGUGGCGCCGAGAACGGCCAGACCAUUCUCGACAUCGAAUACGAGGUUGAAUUAACAGGAGACGAGUGUGGUGAGACCAUUGUCGGUCUAACCAAUCAUAGCUAUUUCAAUCUAGACCCAAAUGCGCCGACAAUCGCAGGGACCCAAGUCACAUUGACCACAGACCAGCGCCUUGAUACUGAUGCAGACGGCAUACCCACUGGCGACAUAUCAAAGCAUCCCGCAGUCCCUUCAAGUGGCAUACCCUUUACGCUUGGGAAGGACAGUCCAUCGUUCGACGACUGCUUUGUAAUGGAUAAGCCUUCACAGUCUUUCUUGCUCGAUACACGUCUGCAGUCGUUACGCAAAUUGGUUUCAUUGUAUCAGCCCAAUACUGACUUGCACUUGGAGGUAUUGUCCACAGAGCCAGCUUUUCAGCUCUAUACAGGGGAAGGGAUCAACGUUCCUGCACUAUCAACAGCUGAUGGGCAACUCGUGUCACCAAAAGGCCCGAGGGCAGGCGUAGCAAUAGAGCCAGGUCGAUAUGUUGAUGCACAGAGGAAAGAAUGGCGAAGUCAAUGUCUGCUCGAAAAAGGGAGACUUUGGGGUGCUAGGCACAAGUACAGGGCGUGGAAGGGACCACUCGGAUCGGUGGACUGA